GAGGUUUCCUGACUGGAGAAGGCUCAGAAGGAGCCCUAGGGAUCUACAUUUUUCUCUUUCACUUGUUUGAUUUGAUCAAACAGCUGCAAUGAAUCACAGCAAAGUUGAGUUUGAGCCUUUUGAGUAUUCCUACUACGACUAUUCAGACUGGUACUCCAACGCAGAGCCAACAAAACCACCCAAAGAAGUUAUUUUACCAUGUGACCCCACAGCAGAUGACAAGCUCUUCCACAUAUGUAUAUUAUCCAUAUCUGUGGUCAUCAUGUUAAUCCUGGCAGUUCUCACCAGGAAAAACAAACUGUGCCAGGGAUUUACAAGAGGAUCCUCCAGCAUCUUCAGCCCCACAAACUUCCUGGACCAGACUCAGACAAAGGGCCUGAUCAUGGCCGUUUUCGGACUGAUGUUCAGCAAACUGGCCAUGCUGGUGAUCGCUCCGGACCCUCUGCCUUUCUUCAAAGACACUCCAGCAAACAUUAAAGAGUACAUGAAGAUUAUUGCCAUAUUCUACUACCCAGUCCUGUAUUAUCCUUUGGUGAUGUGUUGCACUCUGCAGCACAAAGCGGGUUACGUCUUCGGGGCGCUCCUUUCUUUUAGUCACUUCGGUGUCCUGGUGUGGCAGAAGUUUGACUGUCCAAAGACUCCAGAGAUCUAUAAGUACUAUGCUCUGCUGGCAAGUCUGCCUCAGCUGGCCUGCCUGGCAUACCUGUGUGUCCAGUUUCCUGUGCUGUUUGUCAAGGGACCAAAGGCUGAUGAUGACCUGGACAGCAGUUACUACACCAACUAUGUGAAGUUACUUCUGAAGAAAAAGUCCUCGUCUGUCAGCGCUUUGGUUACAGACAAACCAUCUCUGGUUGAGCGAAUACUGGAGGUGGUGAAGGGUUACGUUUAUAUUCCUCAGAAAGUGUUUCGUUUCCCACUGAAACUCGCUGUAUCAUCUUUCGUUACCUGUGUGGCCAUUUAUCAUACUGCACUGUUAUUAGUCGUCCUCGUGGUGCCCACUCUUCACAUUGUGCGUGCUGGUAUUGAUGAAAACAUUGCCUUCCUGUUGUUGGGGUUUGGGAUCGUCUUAUCAGACGACAGGAUGGAGGUCGUACAAAUUGUGACUUUCUACACUUGGUUGCUGGAAGUGUGCUACCUCUGUGCGAUGACCCUGUCCUGUUUGGUCAGUAUUAUAAUGCUCAUGAGAUCCAUGGUUCUUCACAGAUGCAACCUGAAAGGACUGUAUAAGGGGGACGUAUACAGCAUUUAUAAUAGCCAGAAGACCAUCCGUCCAUCAAAAUCUGGCGUCGUCUGCUGGAUGGGUCUAACAGGAUACCAGGCUGCAAUCGUCUGCCUCGGAAUGGCGAUCCAGACCGUCGUGUUUUUCAUCUGCUUUUUGUUUCUGGUGUUUUUGAUCAUCAUCCCUGUUUUUUAUGGUCGUAACAUCAUUGUGUUUGAAGUUGCAGGAAAGUCAUGGCCGGCCUGGCUCACCCUCAUACUGGUUACAAUUAUUCAACACGUGACUGCCAAGUUUUUCUUCAUCAAAAAGGAAGCUGGUACCAGAGAUUUGAAUAACAGAGAAAGCUUAUUCCUCCUGACAUACCUGCUCUUCGUGGUCAACAUUGUGGUGGGACUGAUCGUUGCAAUAUGGAGAAUGGUGAUCACAGCUUUGUACAACAUCAUCCAUCUUGGUCGUAUCGACGUCAGUCUGCUCCACCGCACCGCAGAGACCUACGAUCCAGCUUACAGUUACUACACCAACUUCCUGAAGGUGGAGGUCAGCCAGUCACACCCGGUGCUGAAGGCUUUCUGUGGGCUGCUGCUGGACAUGAUGAUCGAAGGUGGCAGAGCAGGGCAAAAAAUAAGAGAGGCAGAAGAAGGGAUUCAGGACAAUAGGCCUAGCAAGGCAACCAGUAGUCAGAGGAUUCGCGUCAGGUGGCAGCUGCUGUACACGCUGGUGAACAACCCCUCCUUGCUGGGCUCCAGGAAGCACUUCCAGACACUGCAGAGCUCAGGCAGCGUCCUGAAUGGCACCCCCAACCGAAGCUCCAAGAAAGGCAGUACGAAGGAAGCUGGAAAGACAGCUGCAGAGCCAGUCCAGUCCUCCGAGACUCCAGCAAGCCAAGAUAAAACUGAAUGAGAUCCCUGGGAUGCGCACUGAAGCUGGCAGUAUACUGCAAACAAAAUGUGUUACACUGAGCAGGUCCAGCGUGCUAACAUCAUGGCUCCUCCUUACAGAUGUCCUAACCUUUAAACCUAAAAUGGGUUACAAAUAUAACUUGCUGACCUUUAUAUAAAUGGAUAAAGUCUCACAGGCUACUGACAUCAAUCCAACAUAGUGCCUUUAACUGUAUGACAGAUAUCUGAUAUUGAUUCAUUUGUCCUCCAUUACGCUUAGUUUGGGUUUGUCCUACAAUCCUCAAUCAAUCUCAGUCCCAAAAACAAGUGCUCACAUUUAACACGAUCUUCUAACGACUUCAAGCUCUAAAAGACAUACUGUCAUGUGACAUACAGAGAUCCACCCUCUUUCACUUUUAUGGUUUAAUUUAUAGCAAGACAUUAAAAAAUGUUUGAUUUUUAAAAAAUAAUCAGGUCUUACAAUAACAUACCACACCAUGUUAUUAUUAAUUUAAGACCUAAAACAAAAUGCAGAAGCAGUAUGUGAUAAACUAAAACCACACUGUGAUUUAAUAACAUUACAGCCACAUUUUAUAGCAAAAUUGUGAAGUUAUUUGGUUUCAGUGUGACGUAGUAUCGGCCUCUGACAUUAAAUUGGACAGAAUUUCCAGACAUUAGCUCAUGCACAGCUCUCCUGAGGUCUGAUCAAAGCCUAUAAAUCAGGUUGAGGUCUGGCCUUUGAUUUUGUCAUAGCAACACAUUUAUUCUUUUCUUUUUCAGCCAUUCUGCCGAUUUGCUGCCGUAUUUGGGAUAAUUGUCCUUUUUGCAUGACCCAGUUUCAGCCAAGCUUUAAUGGUCAGACCAGUGGCCUCACGUUUGACUAGAAUAUACAGCAAUUUACUCUGCAAAGCCUUUUGUGAUCCAUAUUGACUUGGCAGUGCACAGACUGACAGUGCUGAUCAAUGUCAGCAUACGAGCUGGGGUAAGAGGUCGAUAGUUUAUUUUUGCCCUGGGUUAAAGGUACCCAUGUCAGCACAUGCUGAUUCUCGUGUUGUAUUAGGAGGAUGUUUUUCCAAGAUGGAGGGGAGAACUUGUUUGAUAAAAACAUGCAAUGCAUAGUUGUUUUUUUUUCUCCAGUAUAAACUUUGGUUGCUGUGCUACAGAUAAAUUUCAGUGUUAUUUCUCCCCUACAGCUGUUAGAAAAUAAACCAAUUUCAAACUCCUAUUUGCAUUUCAGUUUUGUAAUAUUAAUCAGUGAAUCAUAAAAUUAUCACCACAUACAUGGAUUACAGUGAUUUCAUCCUUGCUGUUUCAAUGACAAACAAAUAAACAAUUUUUUCUAAAAUGUGAUAUUUGACUUUUCUAAAUUCUACAUCUCAUAAACUCAUUGAUUAUAAAAUGUUCAGUGUGUACUAAUUUUUAACUAAAUGAACCAAUUUAAUUUGAUCGGGUCAUCAAAUCUGUUUUUAAAGUAUCUAUUUUACCACCUUAAAGUGUUAGUUGGACUUCCAUUUCUGCAUGAAUUAUAACACACAGGAUCAUUUGUUUUUCAGCAAAUGACCCAGAAAAAG